UCCUCUUCUCCUCAAUUCUCUGUUCUUCUCUCUUCUCUUAUCCACCAUGUAUAACUGGAAUGGAAGACCAAAACUCUUGUUUAUCUCCAUACCCAUUUCAGCUCUUCUACUCUUAACCCUCCUAUUUAAUCCGAAAUACCACUUAAGGGAUACACUUAGAAGUCCAACUAAACACAUCCAAUAUCUCCAUUUCCACAAACACUACCAAGUAGCUCACUCAGCAUGCCAGGGGACUCUAUACCCAAAACUGUGCGUUUCGACCGUUGCUUCCUUCCCAGAUCUCAUCUCCAAAUCUCUCCCUCAGAUAAUCUCCUUCACCGUUAACCACACCAUGAACGAGGUCCGUGCCUCCUCCGCCAACUGCACCUUCAUUGGGAAGCGGCUCAGAGGAGUCAGCCCCAUUCAGAAACGGGCCCUCGACGACUGUAUCGAGCUCUUAGACGACACCGUUUCGGAGCUCGGAACCGCACUCUCUGAUCUUUCCUCGAAAAAAUCAGCAUCGAGCCACUACCAUGACCUCCAGACCUUACUGAGCGGUGCAUUGACUAACCAGGCCACGUGUCUCGAUGGGUUUGACUUUAGCAAAGAGUCCAACUAUGUGAGGAACUACAUUCAGAAUAGGAUUUCUACUAUCUCAAACCAUGUGAGCAAUAUCUUGGCCAUGCUCAAGAAGAUUCCGGGUAAACGUGGCCAUUCUACUACUAAAACGACGUCGUUUGAGGAGGAUGAGGUUUUCCCGGAAUACGGCCACCUGAGAAACGGGUUCCCCACGUGGGUUUCUUCCGAGGAUCAGACACUGCUAGUGGCGCCAGUAAACGAGAGUAAAAUUGACCUCGUCGUUGCUAAAGAUGGUACCGGAAAUUUCACAACCGUUAGCGAGGCGGUGGCGGCAGCACCCAACUCCAGCGUCACUAGGUUUGUCAUAUACAUAAAAGCAGGGGCUUAUUUUGAGAAUGUAGAGGUGGUGAAGAAGAAGACCAAUUUGAUGUUCUUGGGAGACGGGAUAGGGAAGACGGUCAUCAAAGCCAGUCGAAAUCAUGUCGAUGGCUGGACUACUUUCCGAUCGGCCACCGUAGCGGUGGUAGGGAACGGGUUCAUUGCCAAAGGCAUAACCUUCGAAAACUCAGCCGGACCAAGCAAACACCAAGCAGUAGCCCUAAGGAGCGGGUCGGACCUCUCGGCCUUCUAUCGGUGCAGCUUCGUGGGCUACCAAGACACUCUCUACGCUCACUCCCUCCGCCAAUUCUACCGUGAAUGCGAUAUCUAUGGCACCGUAGACUUCGUCUUCGGCAACGCCGCUGUCGUCUUCCAAAACUGCAACCUUUACGCUCGCAAGCCAAACGAAAACCAACGCAACAUGUUCACCGCUCAGGGCCGUGAAGACCCCAACCAAAACACAGGCAUUUCCAUUCUCGACUGCAAACUCGCCGCGGCCGCCGACCUCUUGCCAGUCCGAUCGUCUUUCCGGACCUAUCUCGGCCGUCCCUGGAAGGAGUAUUCCAGGACUGUUAUAAUGAAGUCGUACAUUGAUGAGUCAGUGGAGCCCGCCGGGUGGUUGGAGUGGAAUGGCACGUUCGCAUUGAGUACGUUGUAUUAUGGGGAGUAUAUGAAUAGGGGACCCGGUUCGAAUACGACUGCAAGGGUGACGUGGCCGGGUUUUCGGGUCAUUAAUAGCUCGGUUGAGGCCAGUAAGUUCACCGUUGAUGUUUUUAUACAAGGCCCUGAGUGGCUCAACUUUACUAGAGUUCCUUACUUUUCGGGUUUGGGCUGAUCAUCACCAAGAAUGAUAGCCCUACUUAUUUAUAAUUAUGAUAAAUUUUUACCUUAGAAAUUAUCUGAGUAGCCAAAUCUCAUGCUUUGUAAAUCUUAGCAAAGCAAGUUGGGAAUGGUCGAAGAAUGAAAUUAAAGCUAUAUAUUUAUAUAGAAGUUGAAUGAGUAAAUAAUUUUUGUUUUUAAAGUAAAGUAUGGUGUAUAAUUUUGAUGGAAUGCCAUAUAUAUAUUUUAGGACAUUUGAG